UUCGUCAAAAACGCACAUUGGACGAAGCAAGAAGUCGUCGCGGUGGAAAACUGAACCACAACAACCCCACAUCGGACGCGACGCGGCGGAAAAUUCUCACCCAAUCGGUGCCCCAAAAUAGCUUUCCUCACCGUGCUCAGUCUCGAACGGACCGCGGUCGCGUACGGAAGGCGUAGUUCAUUUCACCAUCGCUCGGGAAAAUUUUCAUCUUCUCUCUUCAUCAUCCCAGGACGGAUCCAUUUCAUGCAAUGGUGGCAGAGCGGUUCUGGUAGCAAGUGGAAAAUCGAAACGUUGCGGUCAUUUCCCACGUGGGAAUCGUAGGUUUACUGGUGGAAAUAUGUGUGUUAGAUAAUAUUAUUAGUGAUAGAGUGCAAUUUAGGGGUGGAAAUGAGUGCUAAAGUGGGAAAAAUGAGUCCUAAACGUGGGCUCAUGCUGAGCAUCGCUAUAUUCCUUUUAUGGAUGAAAUUGCCGGACCAAAGUGCUGAUGCAACUGUACAGACUGAAAUUAUGGAAAAAUGGGGUGACAACUUUGGGGAAGAACUGUGGGACCUAGCGCAAACCAUGACAAAGGCUAGCGAAAUCACCCAGAAAUACAAGGCAUACAAUGCCCGGGUGGAGCACAAAGACGGCACCAGCCUGAUCAAAUCGAUCGUCGAGAACGUCGGCCGGAUGUUGAUCCGCAAGAUGGACGCCAUCAAGUGCAUCAUCAACAUGGCCGAGCAGUUGUCCGAGGAGUUCGAGUUCAACGAUACCAUCGCGAGCAACUUCACGUACUAUGCGAGCAAGUAUUCGAAUAUUGAUGGUCGGCCCGCACCUGAUAUACCGUCGACGUUGGAAGAGAACAUCUGGAUGUAUCGGAAUAUGUCCCUCAAUCCGGAUACGCACUUCUUCAACAUCUCGGUGAAUACUUCGUACAGUUCGGUACACGUGCCGCAGAACGUCUACGAUCGGUACCCGUGGGUGAUGGAAGCUCUGCAGUGGUCCGAGGCGUUGGACGACGUGUUCAUGCAGAACUACAAUUCGGAUCCGGCACUGUCGUGGCAGUACUUCGGUUCCUACACGGGUAUUUUGAGGCAUUAUCCGGCGCUGGAGUGGGACCGCGAUCAAGUGGACACUUUCGACUGUCGGAAGCGUUCGUGGUACAUUGAAACGGCGACCUGCUCAAAGGAUAUUGUGAUCCUGCUGGACAACUCCGGUUCGAUGACCGGUUAUCGUAACUACAUCGCUCAAUUAACAGUUAAAAGUGUAUUGGAUACGUUUUCCAAUAACGACUUCAUCAACAUCUAUAAGUAUUCGAAUGAUGUGGAUCCGUUGAUCGACUGCUUUUCGGAUAUGCUUAUUCAAGCAACCCCGGAGAACAUUCGGUUCAUGAAUGAAAAGGUACGAGAGUUGGAACCUGAUGGUUAUGCCAAUGUAAAGAAGGCCUUCGUAAAGGCUUUCGAGCUGUUGCAACAUUACCGUGAGAUGCGCCGGUGCAACGAGACGGUCAGUGGUUGCAACCAGGCUAUAAUGUUGAUCACCGACGGGGUGCCCAGCAACAUUACGGACGUGUUCGAACAGUACAACUGGUUCGAAAACGGGACCAAAAUUCCGGUGCGAGUUUUCACCUACCUGCUGGGGCGCGAGGUUACCAAGGUACGGGAGAUCCAAUGGAUGGCUUGUCUGAAUCGUGGCCACUACUCGCACAUCCAAUCGCUGGAUGAGGUGCAGGAGGAGGUGCUGAAGUAUGUAACUGUGAUAGCAACCCCUUUGGUACUGCAAGGGGUGGAACAUCCGCCGACGUGGACGCACGCGUUUACGGAUACGGCGGAGAAUCUUCAAUCUGAUGCCGAUGACGAUGAACCACCUCGACUGAUGAUUGCCGUCGGAGCACCGGCUUUCGAUCGGAAAGCCAAUCACUAUAAUGAAACUCGGACGGCGCGAUUACUGGGAGUUGCAGGAACGGAUAUUCCUCUCGAAGAUCUUGAUGACCAGACCCUGCCAUAUAAGCUCGGAGUAAACGGAUAUUCCUUCAUCGUAAGUAACAACGGGUACGUGGUGAUGCACCCCGAUUUGCGGCCUGUCUACAAGCGUCGUCUCAAAGAGAACUACAACAGCAUAGAUUUGACGGAGAUUGAACAAGUUCUAAACGACAUCAUGGAGGCGUCGGAUGAAACUUUGACCGGUCGAGAAGUGAAUCCUCAGAUGGAAGCCCUCAGAGAGAAUUUGGUGUUCUCCAAGUCGGGCAAAAUGUUGAAGGUUCCGGUGCGUUUUCAUUACGAUAAAAUGCGACGUGUGUCGCUGGAAUACCAGGACUAUUACUACGAACCACUGGAGAACACACCGUUCUCGUUGGGUCUAGUGCUGCCACACGACUACGGUAACACCUGGAUCAAGGUCGGAGACGAAAUCAAACGGAACCAGCAUAUGGGCCUCAAUAUAUCGGACUUCUUCGUUGGAGAGAACUGGAAGCUACAUCCGGACUGGAUCUACUGCAAGUACCACUACCUGGAAGGUCACGAGUUCAAAACACCGGAGGACGAGCUGCGGCACUUUUUGGUGCGACUGUACGAACCCAACUGGAAGUGGUUCCAGCAGUAUGAGUCAGAACCGGAUGAUGUGGAAAAAGAUGGUGACGAACCGAACUGUGGUAGAAAGACGCUGGACGAUGAUGCUUACUAUUGCAAUAAGGAGCUAGUUCAGCUGUUGGUAUUCGACGCGAAGGUGACGAAUACCAGCUACAGAAGUUGGGAAUUUGAGAAUGAGAACGAACGCAGAAUCAUCGAUAUGUACAAUGCCACGUUGCGCUUCGUGGCAACCAUGAGUGGCCUUACGAGGUGGCAGUUCAUUUUUGGGGAGGUUGAAGUAGAAUCGGACAAUGAAUUCGGUGACUAUCACAAAAAGGCAAUCGACGAGACUUGGUACAGAAGUGCCAUUUUGCAGCACAAAAUCGAUCCGAAAAGUUUCGUGUAUUCGGUUUCUCAUGCUUCGGACGAAAUGGAGGACGAGGAGAUCAAAGUUACGGCUUCGAUGGGAAUAUUUCCCAGAGAUGGUGGUCUGGAAGCACCGGGCUGUGUGACAGGGUUCCAGUUUUCGCAUCAGCUGAUGUACGAACGAUUCAUGGAAAUCACUUCGAAAACGACUUGUGAUGGUUGCAUAGAAACAUGCAGUUCGGAGAGUCGUGACUGUUACGUGAUCGAUCACAACGGUUAUGUGAUUUUGUCGGAGACGUACAACGAUACAGGCCGAUUCUUCGGUGAAAUACAAGGUGCCAUCAUGCAGUCGAUGGUGAACAAGGAAAUAUUCUCCAUGAUAACGGUGUACGAUCUGCAAGGACUGUGCGAACACGAACGAGUGUCUGCGAACGAUGCUUUCUCGUUGAUGCAUCCCUUGCGAGUCCUGAUGCUGGGAAUAAACUGGUUGAUUACCGAGUUCUUUAUCACCUUAUCUAAGUUCGACUUUUGGGUGCACGGCAUUCCUAGCCCUGAGUAUGAUUACGACACUGGAGUUGAGUACGAAGAUUCCGACUACAGUGAUGUGCCGCGUAAAAAACCGAAGAAGCCUCUCGUGGAUGAGGAAGAGGAGUACUUCAACCGUCCCAAGGAAAUCAAAAUGGAAACUGUCUACGAAGCGUGCGACAAGAAGUCCAAUCUGUACGUCAUGCAGCAGGAUAAGUUCAUCAAGGGAGAUGGAUUUUUCUACGAGUUCGAACCGGUCAACCCGAUGGAACUGCUGCACCGACCCUACUUCGCCAAACGGGUUCCACGGUCCAAUCUACUCAUGGUCAUCGUCGAAAGCGAGUAUCCAUCGGAUCAUGUGAUCUUAUCGGCAGCCCCACAGAACGUCAUCCACAAUGGAACCCAGGAGCUGCCGUGCGUCAAAACAAGGUUAAACUUUUUACCCCGCCGACGGCUGGAGGAAUGCUACACCGAGCAUCCUGACGAGGACAUCGUAGCUCAAUGUGGUGCGGCCUCCCAGCCAGCCAUUCAACUGACUGUAGUGAUAUCGUCUCUAGUAUCACUUUUGUUAUAUCGAUGUGCCCAAACAAUAGUAUAAUCUUAAACUAAACCAAUCAAACCUGGAGUUAGCAAACAAUUGAUACUAUCGGUCGAAACCAAAGUCUUUGUACACCGUAGGAAUAGAGGAAAACGUUUUCGAGCAAGCAUAUACCUGUAGAUGAGAAAACUUUUUUACUGAAACAAUUAGGAGGCAAGUGAGAUUUUUUCGCAAUUACCUACUUUCCAUUUAGGAAAGAACAACAUACGGAAGGAUCCAAAUUUGUUAGGAAACUAUUUUUCUUUCUAUAGCGAAACGCACAUUCAAGUGAAAGGACCCUUGGAAUCUAUACAAUCAGGAUGAGUCAAUCUUUUGCACUUGUAAACACUUACGUCCACGAUUUUGCCAUUCAAAGACAGAUCAUUUCCGCCCCUUCAUCCUCUCUCUGUCGUUCAUAACGCUUUUAUUCCUUCCCUUCCUUCACAUUUCACUGAUAUCGUUCGAGUCCAUUUCGAGCACCACGCGCUGUCCUACACUCACACAUCGCACCACACCAACCUAUAGCGUUGAGUUGCUCGAAUCCGAAAAACGACGACACGAGUGUUUUAUCAUUCCUUUUAACGCGAGCUGCACUCUUUAAUACACUAGGACGGAAAUACAAACGGAAUAUACAGAACCUCAGUCAAUAAUACUCAAACGUGAAGGGAUACCAACGGAUUUCCCGUUGCACAAGACAAUGUUGUUUUUUAUUUUUGAUAUAUGAAAUUGUUACUGUAAAGCUGAAAGUGUGUCAGGAAAAAAAGCCAAUUUGUAUGAAAAAAAAAACUUGUUUUGAUUUUAAAAAUCUUAGAAAAAAUGUAGUUCAUCAACUAGAAAACAGACAAUUAGACAAUUGUAAAUAUCGUUAGAGUAAAAAAGCAUACUUUCUCAGACACGACCAUCAUUUCAUUCGAUGCUUGGGAGGGAGUUACUCAGAAUGCAAUAUUUAGAAAAAAAAAUGACGACAUCAACACCGCAGUAGUCAUAGGGAGUAGCUAGUAAAAGUCGUCUUUUUAAUGGGAGUUUUAUUCAGUUGAUGCAGUUAUUGAGACAUUUAUAAGUUGAUAGUUUGUUCGAUGUAACGAGAGGUAUAACGGAACACUCUGAUAUAAGAUUGUUGUUAAGUUA